CGCCUAUUGGCGGGAAAAAACAGAAUAGCCGCAUUUUGGUCACCCAUGUGGCCGAUCUGCUUCUUAGGCUCUAAAGCAGUUUGAAUAUUCAUCCGCGACGCGUACGAUACGGAAUCCGUGUGAAUCUUUUCGUUUAGAAGUGGUUUGCCGAUAUAAGUACACAAUGAUGGAUGUCGAGGUGAAAGUCAUUAGAACAGAUUCGCCGGUGUCGGGUGCGUGCUCCGAAAAAGAUGAGAAAAUAAAAAUCGUCCCGAAGGAAAAUAUUAAUAGGGAGAUCAUGGAUAUCGUGGAAGACUCAGGCUUUUCUAGCACCUCCACAGAAUCUGGAUCAGAUAUACUUGGGAAUUUAACCAAAGUUGAAUCUGUUGAAGGCACAAUUGGAGAUGGUAUCAAGUUUGUUGAUCCACAAUUGAUAUUGUCUGAACAACGUGAGAAAGCAGAAAAAUUGGAACGCUUGAAAAGGAAAAAAAUUGCGCAGGAGCAAAAAAUAGCUGCAAGAGAAGCUUUUGAAAAAGAAAUUCAAGAGCAACAGUACAAACGCUUAAUACACUUAUUACAUCAGAGCAAGGCGUUAACUAGCUUUAUUACGAAAAAGAUUGAUAUGAAAGGUGAAAAAAAAAAACCUGCAGGUCGUAAAAGGAAUGUAAAACUUGAAGAGGAAUCAACAGUAAAAAAAGCCAAAAUGGUUCUAAAAAAAACACCAACAAAGAGAAGUAGAAGAAACCGGAAUCUCAGUGAUGAAGAAAUUAAGAGAGAGUUGAACAAUCUUUCUGAUGAAGAAAUUUAUGAAUCGCCUAAUAAAGAAAAUGAAAAUGUCAACUCUAUAGAUGAUUUUGUACAGCCCAAAUACUUUAAAGGAGAGUUAAGAAAUUACCAAAAGGAAGGUGUCAAUUGGUUAAGACUUAUGUAUGAAAAUGGUCUAAAUGGAAUUUUGGCAGAUGAGAUGGGUUUGGGGAAAACUAUUCAAGUGAUAGCUUUAUUUGCUUAUUUGUUUGAAAAAAACAUAGCUGGGCCAUACAUGAUUAUAGUUCCAUUGUCAACACUACCAAAUUGGACAUCAGAAUUUGAACGUUUUGCCCCUCAACUACCAGUUGUAGUAUAUUAUGGAAAUGAACAAACAAGGCAUAGUAUUAGAAAUAAGAUUCACAGGAAAAUAUUUCCAGGACCUUUUAAGACAGAUCCUAUUAUAUUGACUACCUAUCAAGUACCUAUCAAUGAUGCUUCUUUUCUUCGAAAAUUUAAUUGGAGGUACAUAGUAAUUGAUGAAGCUCAAAGAAUUAAAAAUUUUGAAACUCAAUUGUUCAGAAUUGUGAAAUCAUUCACUUCAGCCAAUCGUCUAUUGCUGACAGGAACACCAUUACAAAAUAAUUUGACAGAAUUAUGGUCACUACUAAAUUUUCUUCUUCCUGAUAUAUUUAAUAAUCUGGAAGUUUUUCAAGAUUGGUUUGAUCCUAAAAGGAUUCAAAAUGAUGAAGGGCGUCAAAAGUUUUUCCAACAAGAACAAGAAAAGCGUGUUAUGGCUACAUUGAGAGAAAUUUUACAUCCAUUCAUGUUGAGAAGAUUAAAAGAAGACGUGUGUCCUGAUGUUCCUCCUAUCAAAGAAGUUAUAAUAUACACACCAUUAACAAAUAUCCAGUAUGACUUGUACUCAAGUAUUAUUAAAAGAGAUAUAUCUAAACUUCAGAAAGUUAAAGAAGAACCAAUCAUUGUAGAUAUCAAUGGAGUCAGACCAAAAAGAAAAUGUACCAAAAAAAUGAACCUUGAUGAUGUCUUUGUGAUGAAUCAAAAAGCUUAUAGUAAUAGCAUUAAAAAUUUAAAUUCGGAUAUCACAACAAUUGGAACUACAAAUAUAAAAAAUGAAGAUUUAUCUAUGUGGAAUCAGUUUACAAAUGUCACAGAAAAAAAUGUCAAUUACUUAAUCAGAUUGAGAAUGUGCAAUGAAGUUAUGAUGUACAGACAUGUCGUAAAUCAUCCUUAUUUAAUUCAUUACCCUAUGAAUGAUUGUGGCUUAGGAUUGAUUGAUGAGAAUCUUGUUACUGCGUCUGGAAAAAUCUUGGUUCUUGAUGCAAUGCUGAAAAAGUUGAAGAGUAAUGGUCAUAAAGUUUUAUUAUUUUCAACUAUGACUAUGGUUUUGAACAUCAUUGAAGAUUAUUUAUCUUUGCGCGACUAUAAGUAUGAAAGACUAGAUGGCGCGAUCGAUCUUGAUACGAGAAGGGACAGUAUAAAUAGGUUCCAAACUGAUCGAGAGAUAUUUUUAUUCUUACUAACAACUAAAGCUGGUGCCGUUGGUUUGAAUCUUGCUGCAGCAGAUACCGUAAUCAUCUACGACAGCGACUGGAAUCCUCAAAACGAUUUGCAAGCAAUGGCUCGUUGCCAUAGGAUAGGACAAACAAAACCUGUAGCAGUUUAUAGACUUUGCACUAAGGGUACCAUUGAUGAAGAUAUUAUAAAGAGAGCUAAUGCUAAACGAUUUUUGGAAAAAGCAGUCAUAUCAAACGAAGGUAAAAUAGUUGAUCAUGCAGAUGGUCUUAUGAGACUGAAGAAAAUGUUAGAUACAGAAACAUUCAAAGUCGUGGAUCCUAAAAAUAAUGUUUACAGUGCUGCUGAACUUGAUGAGCUUCUAGAUCGAAGCGAUAUGGUUUUUUCAUCCAGAAACAUUGAGUCAUUGUGAAAAAUUAUAUGUACUUUAGUAGUUCAAUUUAUUUUCAAGUAUUAAUAUUAUAAAACUGAAUUUUGUUUACGUGCCUUAAUAUUGUAUAACAUUGUUGCAAUCAAUCAAAUCAAUCAUAAUAUAUACUCAAUCUAAACUGAUAAGUUCAUCAACCAAUAACAAAAAUUGUUCUCAGUUGUUUAAGUAGAUUAUAAGGAGAAUAUUUAAAUCAAUGUGUCGUUAGUAUUAUUUAUUUAUUUUUUUACGAGAAUACUAAACUUUGACGAAUAAGUAAAUUAAGUAUAUUUUGUAUUUGUCAAGCAUUUCAUUUAAUAAAGAAUAAGUUUUG